UAUGAGUGAACGAGGCGGAUCCGGUGCACACAAACCCGACAAUUGAGAGUGCAACGCGAAGGGGGACAUUCAGAGUGAAAUUUGCGCCGCUGUGCUUAAUGGAUACUGGUUGUUUCACCGCCGCGCAGCGCAUUUCAUGUCACACCAUGAAUCCGGAUUUAUUCAAGCCUUGUCCGGAACGUGGAACCCAGCAAACCGCUGCCCCGGUGAAAACGAGUCGGAAUAAACCCGAGCAAAGCAAACCGGAGCUGGCCCAGGUGGUGACCGACUCUAAGACGGGACGAUCCUACAGCAAAGGGAAGCUUUUGGGAAAGGGUGGCUUUGCAAGAUGCUAUGAGAUGACAGACCUUGCCAACAACAAAAUGUAUGCUGUGAAGGUGAUUCCACAGGCCAGGGUGUCCAAACCACACCAGAGGGACAAGAUCACAAAUGAGAUUGAGCUCCAUAAAACCCUUUCACACAAGCACGUGGUGAAAUUCUCCCAUCAUUUUGAAGACCAAGAAAACAUCUACAUAUUCCUUGAGCUCUGCAGUCGCAAGUCCCUGGCACACAUUUGGAAGGCGAGACACACGCUCACUGAGCCAGAGGUGCGAUAUUAUCUCCGACAGAUCAUAUCCGGCCUCAAAUACCUCCACAACAGAGGCAUCCUGCACAGAGACCUCAAACUAGGCAACUUCUUUGUCAAUGAGAACAUGGAACUACGGCUGGGAGACUUUGGCCUUGCUGCCAAGCUGGAGACGGUCGAGCAGAGGAAAAAAACGAUCUGCGGGACUCCUAACUACCUGGCGCCCGAGGUGCUCAACAGACAGGGCCAUGGCACAGAGUCUGACGUCUGGUCCCUUGGCUGUGUAAUGUACACACUGAUGUGUGGAAACCCUCCCUUCGAGACUCUAGACCUGAAGGAGACCUAUAAGUGCAUAAAAGAAGUGCGGUACAACCUGCCCUCCAGCCUUCCCCCUGCUGCUCAGAAGCUCAUCUCAAACAUCCUGCAGAAGAACCCCAGCGACAGACUCACCCUGGACCAAAUCCUGAACCACGAGUUCUUCACCAAAGGCUUCACUCCUGACAAGCUUCCCCCCAGCAGCUGUGUGAUGGUGCCAGAGCUCCACCCACCCAGCCCUGCCAAGAAAUUCUUCACCAAGAUGGCAAAGAGUCUCUUUGGCAAGAAGAAAGCCAAAGUGGAAAAGAUUCCAUGCGAGGAGAAAGAUGAGAAAGACCUCUCUAAACUGGUGUCGGGCAUCGUUAAGUGCUCCAUCAGCCGUCAGAUCAGCUACAAGACAGUGGGACCACAUGAGGUGCCGUCUCCCACCGGUCAGCUGGUCAGCUCUGUGCCUCUCGAACAGACUCCUGCUGAGGAAGAGUCCCGGAAGUCAAUCUCCCGCUCCUUCAAGGGCACCAUGGCCAGCAGCACUGAACCGUGCGAGGAUGUCCUGACCCCAGCAGCUGUUGCUGAAUCAGCCAUGAAAGUUCUCAACAGCUGCCUGACUGCCAUGCCUUCAGCAAACAGAAACCCACCCUGUCUGUCAAGGCCGCAGUCCUUCCUGUGGGUGACUAAAUGGGUCGAUUACUCAAACAAAUACGGUUUUGGCUACCAGUUGUCCAACCAAAGCAUCGGCGUGCUCUUCAACGAGGGAACUCACCUCAGUCUUUGUGACCAGCGAAAGACGGUCCACUAUUGCUUGACCAACAACAAACACUUCACUUUCCCGGCGAGCUCUCUACCUGAGCAGCUGCGCAGCCAGAAACAAAUUGUCGAGCUCAUGGCCAACUAUAUGGAGCAGAACCUAAUGGAGGGUGGAGACCUUCACUGUGAGGAACAGUCUUCUGCUCCUCCUCCUCUGCUGCUCCAGUGGGUGAAAACAGACCAUGCCCUGGUCAUGCUGUUCAACAAUGGCACUCUACAGGUGAACUUCUACACAGACCACACCAAGAUCAUCCUGUGCAAGUCGUCCGAUGGCUCCUACCUGUUAACCUACAUAAGCCGGGAGCGCGUCUCCUACACUUACCUCCUCAGCAUGCUAACUGAGAUGGGCUGCUCCGCUGAGCUCCGACACCGACUCAGAUACGUGGUCCAGCUGCUUCAACACCAUACUGAUGCCUGAGAGUGCAGCACGACGCCUCCAAGGCUGCCUGACUGGCAGGUGCCUCAGAGGCAACCUGUCUGAUCAACACCUUUUUGUUAUUUUGUGUUUUUAGGCAGCCUGAUAGAAUUUUCCAAGGCAGCUGCCCAGAGGGGCCAAUGCCUGCUAAGUUGAUAGGUGGAGGACUGUUCAGCUCUACCGGGCUGGUGCCUGGGAGGCAGCAGAAUAGCAGAGUUAUGGAGGGUCAGAGGACCUUUGUAGACAUCAAGUAGUCAGGAAGUUGCCCAUCAUGGCAGCUGUCUCAAAGGUAUGUGCCUAUCCAGCUAAAGCUUCAAAGGUAUCCACCUGGAAGGUUUUCGAUGCCUAAAACGAGGGACACACCUAACUGGCCUGAAAUAUAAUGGAAUCCUCACAAGGCAAAUGCCUAAAUCAACACCCUAACCCCUAAUCCCCCUCCCUCCCUCACUCAAACCACUGCUUCUUGGCUGGAUCUUUCAAAGCCACCAACCAACCAAACAACCCUGCAGCUUUCAGCUUCCCCUAAUAGCCAAUGGCCAGGGCAUGGUUUCUCAAAUCUAUCUAAACACUAAAAUCGUCUUUGUCCCAUUCGCUUGCAACGGAUCAAAGAUGGUCUUACAGCUACAAUGUUUCUAGGCUAGGUUGUCCAGAAGUGAUUUUUAGCAGUAAGGUCAUGUCUGCCGUUGACUUGGACUGGAACUGGGAUGAUCUUACAGCAGAGAUGCUUUUGGGAAGAACUAGGUUUUGAUUGGAGAGAGACCCUCCUAACCUCGGCUGGUUUCUGGCCUCUUUGGACUAUGGUGCACAUGUUCAUUUUUUUCCCUUUUUUUUUUUUUUUUUUUUUUAAGGUAUUAGCCAGCUGUUAGACUAUUGCAUCACACUACGGUCUUGACCUCCCAUGCACAAAAAAAAAAAAAAAAAAAAAAAAAAAAAAUCCUGGCCUUAUUUGAUGAUGGUGACGCUUCGGAGAAAGUCAUUGCUUCUGUGACGCUCCGACAACACCUUUGUCAUCUUUUUGUUGUUACUGAUUAAAUAAACUUCACUGAUUGGUACACGGCAUUCAUAAGGGGCUAUGGGAGUAACACAAUUUUGCACUAUCUGUUUUUGUAAUUUCAUUUGAAUUGCAGAACUCUUUUUACUUCCACUUGUAUUUUAUUUGUUUUUAACUAGAUAUACCAAAAGGCCAUUUUUUUGUUGAUUUGAAAUUGAUUCAUUUUAAAUUCACAUACAGUAGGUGAAUGUGUAUGUGUGUGUUUGUACCACACAUGUCAUGGACUGUGCUUGGUAAACAAAACUGUUGGUUGGAGAAAGGGGGUGGGAGGGAUAAAGUGCCUUUCUUAGGGAUGUCUGUAUAGUGCAAUAACAGCCCUUUUUGUGAAUGUCAAGCUGGAUACAAACAGGAUUAGAGAUGGAUUUUUGGAGGUGGGAUUUACUUUUUUACUUGAAGCGGAGUUUAAAAGUAGGCCCAAUAGCACUACAGUCUCACUACCUGGUAUAAGCUUUUAGAAAAACUGGUUAUCAUAAAUAUAUAGCCCAGUAAUAUCUACUAUAGGGGGGGGAAAAAAGAACACAUUGUGCUCCGUUGUACUGUACUGUAAUCCUUAUUGGUUUACAUUGCUUUCUCAAACCAGAGUUGUAUCCUAAAAACUGUGACCCUGAAUGCAAAGUAUUACGUACUACAAGUAUUGUGUUUUCAAAAAACCCAACAUUGUGAAAGCCAUCUGCCAGUUCAGAAGAAUCUUUAUUUUUUGGCACAUAAUGUCCUGUUUAUUUAUUUUUUAUUUAUACAUGUUUUUUUUUUUUUUUUUUAAUUUAUUACUGUGUAAAUGUUAUGCUCUUGACACGAGGAAUAUGUUCAAUUCUGAUCACCUUUUUUAUGUACUGUACUUGGGGGAAAGCGGGACAAGAAUAAAGUUUAUUGAAAAUGAA